AUGCCUCACCUCCCCCGGGCCCCGGGGCCCCAGGAACACCCCAAUCCCAGGGACGCCCGCGGCACCCACUCCUCCGGCCAGAGCUUCUAGCAGCUGCGGCGGGAGUGCCUGCAGAAGGGGGUCCUGUUCGAGGACCCCGACUUCCCCGCCACGGACUCAACGCUCUUCUACCGUGAUAAGUUCCUAAUCCCCUGCAUAUGGAACGCCCCCCUUUCCCGCAAAGAGUGUCCCCAUCUGCUAUGAAUGGAAACGAAAACCAUGAUCUCCAACUUCCGUUCUGCAGGCGACUGCUGGCUGCUGGCGGCCAUCGCCUCCCUCACGCUCAACGAGAAAGCGCUGGCGAGGGUGGUGCCGCAGGACCAGAGCUUCGGGCCCGGUUACGCCGGGAUAUUCCACUUCCAGUUCUGGCAGCACAGCGAGUGGCUGGACGUGGUGGUCGAUGACCGGCUGCCCACCUUCAGGGACCGGCUGAUCUUCCUGCACUCGGCCGACCACAACGAGUUCUGGAGCGCCCUGCUGGAGAAGGCCUACGCCAAACUCAGCGUCACUGCUGAGGCGGGGGGGUCGCAUGACAUCGCGGGCAGCGCUGGCCACUGGCGUGUCGUAGCCAAGAGGCUGGCGGUCCGGCAGGCCAGGUGGGGCGCGCGAGGCAUCUGUCAUUUCGCAUUUCCCGGUGCGUUUAUCUUCCAGGUCCACUUCCGAGGCCGGAAAACGGAGCUCAUCAGGGUCCGCAACCCGUGGGGGCAGGUGGAGUGGAACGGCGCCUGGAGCGACAGCUCCCCCGAGUGGCGCGCCGUGGGCCCCGCCGAGCAGCAGCGCCUGAGCCACGCGGCCCUGGACGACGGGGAGUUCUGGAUGGCCUUUAGCGACUUUCAGGCCCACUUCGACAAGGUCGAGAUCUGCAACCUCACGCCGGACGCCCUGGAGGAGGACGCGCCUCACAAGUGGGAGGUGACGGUGCACCAGGGCAGCUGGGUGCGCGGCUCCACGGCCGGCGGCUGCCGCAACUUCCUGGACACCUUCUGGACCAACCCGCAGAUCAGACUGUCCCUGACGGAGAAGGACGACGGGCAGGAGGCGUGCACGCUGCUCGUGGCCCUGAUGCAGAAGGAUCGCAGGAAACUCAAGCGGUUCGGCGCCAACGUGCUGACCAUCGGCUACGCCAUCUACCAGGACAUGGAGGUGACCGCAGAGGAGCUGGAGUUUGUGUUAAAUGCUGUGCUGAGCAAGAAAAAGGGCAUUCGAUUCGAGAAGCUGAGCCUGAUUUCCUGUAAGAACAUCAUUUCUCUAAUGGACACCAGUGGCAACGGGAAGCUGGAGUUCGAUGAAUUCAAAGUGUUCUGGGAGAAGCUGAAGACGUGGACGGUAUGUACCCUGGGGCCCCUCGGGACUCAGCCCCGUCUCGCUGCCCGUCCCGCAGGCUUCCAGCUGAGCCGCCACCUCCUGCAGCUGGUGGUGCUCCGCUACGCGGACCAGGACCUGCAGCUGGGCUUCGACGACUUCCUCAACUGCCUGGUGCGGCUGGAGAACGCCAGCCGCGUGUUCCAGGCUCUCAGCACGAAGAACAAGGAGUUCAUUCAUCUCAACAUAAACGAGUUCAUCAACCUGACAAUGAACAUCUGAGGCUUCCCCGAGGUGGCGCAGCCGGUCCAUUUGGGAUCGGACUCUCUCCCCACCCGC